AUGAAACCACAUCGUCUCACACUUACCAACUCCCUCGUGUUGGGAUAUGGGCUACAUCGACACCUGGAUUUAUUCCUGGAUCCCCGACCAGCGAGUCGUGAAGAGUUAGAGAUGUAUCAUGAUCCUAAAUACCUCAAUUUGUUGGAAGUAAAGACUCGUGCAGCCGUAGAGCCACCAGCAACAUCACCACUGUCCCGUCGAAGAGAGGGUGGCACGGUAUCGCACUUGCAACGAAAAAGUGCUGGUGAUUGGAAUAUCACCAAUAGCAAUCCGUUCGAACAAGCCAUCUUUACAGAAGAUUGCCCGGUAUUUGGUGGUAUGAACGACUUCUUUUGUCAGUAUACGGGUGCAUCACUGGCAGGAGCACGAUCCCUCGUUUCUGGCCAAUCUGAUAUCGCAAUCAACUGGUCAGGAGGGUUGCACCACGCAAAGAAGGCCGAGCCCAGCGGGUUCUGCUAUGUCAAUGAUAUCGUCUUGGCGAUUCUAGAGAUGCUCCGCUAUCACCCACGAGUGCUAUAUAUCGACAUCGACAUCCAUCAUGGAGACGGAGUGGAGCAGGCUUUUUAUCAUUCGAACCGGGUUUUUACCGUGUCGCUCCAUAAGUACAACGGAAGCUUCUUUCCCGGUACUGGUAAACUUGAAGAUAUAGGUUCUGGACAAGGGAAGUAUUUUUGUGCAAAUAUUCCCCUGGAAGAUGGGAUCGACGAUGCCGCUUAUCUUUCCAUCUUUCGAGAAGUCAUUGGCGACAUAAUUACCAUGUUCAAACCAUCAUCUAUCGUUCUACAAUGUGGGGCAGAUUCUCUGGGAUGCGACAAACUUGGAUGUUUCAAUCUCAGUAUCAAGGCUCACGGAGAUUGCGUCCGCUUUAUCAAAAAUUUCAACCUACCACUCUUGAUCUUGGGCGGUGGGGGUUAUACCAUUGACAAUGUUGCGCGUUGUUGGACCUACGAAACUGCUGUUCUCACAGGAACAGACAUCCCAGACCAACUUCCCCGUGGACCUUACUACAGCUAUUUUGCCCCAGACUAUAAACUACACAAGGUCUGGGAUAAAAAGUGGGACAAUGAAAAUGAGGCUCCCAGGCUGAGAAAUAUGGUCGCCAAUAUUCGCAGUAAAUUGCGGUAUCUACAUGGUGCUCCCAGUGUGGUGAUGGGAGAAGAAGGUUUCCCAGUCAACCUCAAGGAAUGGUUGGAACAAGAAGAGAAAAGAAUACGAGAUGGGGAGGAAAUCGAAGAAGAGGGUGAUGACGAGUAUAUGAAAGACGUUCGAAAGGAAGAUCGUCAUUUCGGAAAGGGGCAAUUCUUCCAAGAUGAUAACGAUAAUAGAGGAGAAGUAACUGGUGAGAAGGAUCCUGAUGUUGAAGUCCGAGAUGGCGAUGGGCGGCGCCGCGCACGAGGAGGUGCGAGACGAGGAGCGGGGGUCGUGGAAGAGGACGAGGGAGAGGGCGCGGAGUUGCAGGCCGCAGAACAACUGCAUCAAGCUCUGGCGAUUCUAAUGCUAUGA